GGUCUUAAUGAGAACACGACUCGCCUUGUUGUGUGUAUUCCCGUGCUCGCAUCGCCAUCUUGUUGCGAUCCUAUUUUUUACGUAUGCGAGGAUCUACUUUCUGUUCGCCCGGAUUAAAAAUUAGCCGAGACAUCAGCAGAAACACGAGGGGCGAAGCGUCCGAGCAUACGGCCGUGAACCGCAGAUACGGAGCUUACUACCGGGACACCACCUACCCCGCUUUCUUUCCCCCCCUUUUCCCUUCCUAUCCGCCCCGGGGCCGCCGGGUCCUCUGUUUUAGGCUUUACGCGAAAUGAGUAUUGAUACACUUCUGGAGGCGGCCAGGUACCUGGAAUGGCAAGCCCAGCAGCAACAACAAACCAAACGUGAAGAUGAACAGUGUAAAGGAAAAGAGCUGAACAGCAGGGAGGCCGAGUCGAGGUGUGUGGAAGUUGUGACUUCCUCCCAACCAAUCAGAGCCAAUCACAUCACUUGGGGCCAUGACACUCACCGUCAGCAGCCGCCUCACCCGCCUGCCCCACCACCACCUUCUCUCCCACCUCCACAAGUCCCCAUCACAGUCAUCCCAAUGGUUCCAGUUGUCAACGCGACUCCCUCUGUCCCACCACUCCCGCUUACAACGGCGAUCGCAGCGGCGGCGACGUCGCUCAAUAGUCCGCCACCUCUCAAGAAAGAGAAUGUUUCCUCCCCUCUGCAGCAGCAGAUAGCACCCCAUCACCUGAUGCCAUCCCAAAUCAAAGUAGAAUCCACUCAGCAGCUGAUUGAUGUAAAGCCCAGCCUAUCGCAAACUCAGGUUCAGAUCCAUUACUCAGCACACAACAGUACACAUAGCUCCCUCGCACAUCACACACUGGCUCCCCAUCAAGCUCCGCCCACAUCCCAGCCACGGCCAAAUGGAGUGACGUUGGAGGACAUGAGGGGGAUGGAUGGAAAGAGGAGGCCAGGAGGAGCGGGGACCAGAGAGGUGCAUAAUAAGCUAGAGAAGAACAGGCGAGCGCACCUCAAGGAGUGCUUUGAGACGCUAAAGAAGAACGUUCCAAAUGUUGACGAGAAGAAAACCUCCAACCUCAGCGUUCUACGCAGUGCUCUGCGUUACAUACAGACUCUAAAGCGAAAGGAGAAGGAGUACGAGCAUGAGAUGGAGCGCUUGGCCAGAGAGAAGAUCUCUACGCAGCAGCGUCUGGCCGAGCUGAAGAACGAGCUGAGCCAGUGUAUGGAUGUGAUGGAGAUCGACCGAGUCCUCCGACAGACCAUCCAGCCAGAGGACGACCAGGCCUCUACAUCCACCGCUUCAGAGGGAGAAGACAACUAUGAGCAGGAGAUGGAUGAGGAUGCGCCCGCUCCUCCUGUUCCAACGCCCCUCCCCAAACCACCACCCCCCAUCCUACAAGCUCAGCAACUCCUUACUCCACACUUAUCAAUCCAGCAUGCUGCUCUGCCUCUUUCUGGAGUCCUCACCACAUCCUCUCCCUCUGGUCCUCUACUUCCCCAAGCCAUCGCUCCUGCUCCUCCACCAGGUCCACCUCCUCCACCCACUGUCAUCGCUCACGCCGCCGUCUCCCACCCCUCUGUAAUCCAAGCCGUCAAUCACGCACUUUCAGGCAACCAGAAACACCUAACACACAUUGCCCCCUCACCUGGCCCUCCCUCCUCCACCCCUCAGCCAAUCACGGCAGCCACAGCUGCCCCCGCUGCCGCCACCCACCCACAAAUCUCAGCCCAGCCCAUCGGACACAUCACCGUCCACCCUGUGGCUCACCUUGGAGCUCCUUUGACCUCCCACCUUCCGACUCUUUACUCCCAAGGAGUACCCGUAUCCCAGCCCACCAUGGUGGGCCACAUCACCCACACCUUCACCCACCACCCCCUGUCCCACGUCCAGGCCAACCCCCAAGCUAACACUAAUGGAGCCCAGGUGAACAGCUCGGCAGUGGUGAACCAGGGGACGGCGUCGCUAGGGAAACCCACAGCAGUGCUGGCUCCGCACCCCCAGCUGGUCGGACAAGCUGCUGUCCUUAACCCUGUCACCAUGGUUACAGUCCCCACUUUCCCUGUCAGCACACUCAAACUGGCUUAAAAAAAGAUGUUAUUGUCAAAGAGAUGCGGAACUUUUAGGGACAGGCCAUUGUUUGUGAAACGAGACUGUGAUCUGUUGGGUUUGCUGCAAAGACAGGAACUCCGCUUGACCUUUUCCUCCUUCCUUCCUUCUCUCUUUCCUCUGCAACCAGAAGCACUAACAGAAUAAGCUCAGCUCACACCCGGGCAUCGAGGAUUUAUGUCGCUUAUUCAUUCAGUCAUUUAGUAAAAGUACACAAGGUCUGUACUGUGUGACGGUUGCCACAGCGAUACAGUAGGGACCUGUUUACACAGAUAAUGUCCACACGGUAAAGUAGGACGCCUCAUCACUCGUGUUUUUGAGAAGCAGGAGUUUCAGUGGUUUCGCUGAUCUGAGGGACUUUUUCAUGUGGCUUUGAUCACGUGGGGACUAGACAUGUUUACUAAAUCUAAAGCCCCCCCCCCCCCCCCCC